GAAGAGGAAGAGAGGUGAGAGCUGCUGCAGAACAACACUUAGCCCGGGCCGAGGAGUUAAACGGCACACAGCGGCACAUCUGCUCCAUCUACACAUUAAUACUGCUGUGAUAGACAUGUUCUCAAAGUGGUCUCAGCCUCUGGCCCGUGGGAAAAUGUUCUUCGUGGUGUUCAUCCUGACCUUUGCCCUCUCAAUGACUUCACUACCUGCUGACAUAGAGAAGGGGAGGAGAAAAGUGGUGCAUGUUCUCGAGGACGACACUGGAGCGGUCAUUGUGCAGACAGCUCCGGGUAAAGUGGUGACACAUCGCGGUGGCUCCAUCACUCUGCCCUGCAGAUUCCAUCACGAGCCGGAGAACAGCGACCCGGAUCGCAUCCGGAUUAAAUGGACCAAAGUGACAGACGCUCUGCAGUUUGAUGACGUCUUUGUGGCACUCGGGAGGCAGCAGCGUGUGUUUGGAGUGUACCGAGGGCGUGUCUUUCUGGAGCAGGCGGGACCCGGCGACGCCUCAGUCAUCAUCCAAAACGUGACCCUGGAGGACUAUGGACGUUACGAGUGUGAAGUCACCAAUGACAUGGAAGAUGACACAGGAUUUGUCAACCUGGACCUAGAGGGAGUGGUGUUUCCCUACUACCCCCGUGAGGGGCGCUAUAGGCUCAACUACCUCCAGGCUGAGGAUGCCUGCAAACAGCAAGACGCCAUCCUGGCCUCCCACUCUCAACUUCACAAGGCCUGGCUCGAGGGACUGGACUGGUGUAAUGCUGGAUGGCUGGAGGACGGCUCAGUCCAGUACCCUAUCUCUCACCCCAGAGACCAGUGCGGCCGCAAGGACACCCCCGCUGGUGUCCGUAACUAUGGCUACAGGCAUAAGGAGGAUGAGCGCUACGAUGCUUUCUGUUUCACUUCCAAGCUGAAUGGCAAAGUGUACUUCCUCAAACGCUUUAAGAAGGUGAACUAUGCAGCGGCGAUGAAGGCUUGCAUUCGAGAUGGUUCUGUGGCGGCCAAAGUGGGUCAACUGUACGCAGCGUGGAAGUUCCAGCUUCUGGACCGCUGUGAAGCCGGUUGGCUGGAGGAUGGCAGCAUUCGUUACCCCAUAGUCAACCCCCGCUCCCGCUGUGGAGAAUCCCAGCCAGGCGUCCGCCACCUGGGCUUCCCUGAUAAAAAAUUCCGCCUCUACGGGGUCUACUGUUUCCUCAAGAACAAGGACGAAAAAGCAGGAGGUUCUGAAAUGACAAAAAACCGCACAGAUAGCAGCAACAGCAUCCCCAUGAAUGUCACGAGCGUGAUUUAAAGCUUGAGAGCAGGAGGAGGGAUACAAUUUGGGACUUUACUGCAACUGUCGACUUGGGUGAUUUUCACUUUCAUCCACAGCCAGUCAAUCAUCUUAGGAAGUAAGUAUGUUAGCACAUCUGUCGUCAGAAAACUGUUAGAUUAAACAGCAGCUUGAUCAUCACUCAGACUCAUCGCAUCAGAGAGUCUGCCAUGAAUAUGCUUGUUUACAUGUGUGUGUGUGGGACAUAUUUUUGGCCCCCGCUGUGGCUCCUGAGCACUGAGCCCCAGUUUGAGCCAGCAUCCCAGUGCCAGGGCAAAAACAUUCAUUACUGGGUGAGAUGGGAUGAUCCGCCUCACUGUAUGGAAAAGAUCCAAGACGCCCUGUGAAGUUUGGGAUUGUACAAAGUGUAAUUGCCUGUAACGGGAGCCACGCUUGGUUAGCAACCCUCUGGCACGAUGUGAGUCAUUUUUCUCAUUAACUUAAACUUGACGAUCUCAACAUCAGAGCUGAACAGACCAAGUAGUAAACAUUGCACUAGCUCUUCAAAUAUUUGCACUUUAAAUAAAUAGAACUUUAUUUUAUGAUGGCAUCUUUGCUAAGAUUUAGUGAGCAUGUAUUGUUUGGCUGUGAGUAGCUACUCGGGCCGAUUUAGCAGAAAUACAAAGCUACGAUAAUUGAUAUUUACCUCACGUACUGCACUUCUUAGCUACCUUGGCCACCAGCUGCACUGCAAAUGUUAUUUCAGAGUAUGUUUGCCUCUACAGAAUUGGUGAAUGUAAAAUAAAACAAUAAAAAU